UGGCACUGCUCUGGUUUCUCCCAGGCCGGGGUUGUCCGAGCCCUCGCGGGGCAGUGUUCCUGGGGCAGGAGGCCCGGCCUGCUGAGGCCCAGCGCCGGGGUCGAGAACAGGAGGGACCGUCCUGCGACUUCCCCGCCACUCUGGGUGGGUGGCGGCAGCAGGGAUCCGCGUCCCUCCCACUCAGGCCUACGGUCUCAGAAACGCCGGCCCGGCGUGAGAACCGGUUGCCGGGGACCAGAGCGCGCCGGGGCGGAGCGAUCGGGGACAGGCGGGGCGGGGCCGGCGCGCCGCCGGCUCCGGGUCCGCCGCGCGGGAGGGACUUCGCACCGCUCGGGGCUCGGCGCGGCCAGCGCGCUCCAGCCAGCUUGCUUCACUCCUUCUCCCUAAAAAAAACCCUGCUCUCAGAGAGGAUCUGAUCAAUCAUUUAUUCGGAACUGGAGGGAAGAGAGCUGUGAAGCAUGUGAGUGUAGACAUCAGAGAACAUCCUCGUGGCUCUGGUGACGAGGGUGUUUGAUCAAGAUUACGUCCUUAUCACAGCUGGAGAGUGAGCUGUUUCCACCGCUAUGAAUAUUGGGAUCUUCAAUGGCAGGAGAAGGAGUGAUCAGAAGACCGAGAUGAAUUUGAACACUAUUCUAGAAGAGAUUCUUAUUAAAAGGUCACAGCAGAAAAAGAAGACAUCACCCUUAAACUACAAGGAGAGACUUUUUGUGUUAACAGAGUCCAUGCUAACCUACUAUGAGGGUCGAGCAGAGAAAAAAUACAGAAAAGGAUUUAUUGAUAUUUCAAAAAUCAAAUGUGUGGAAAUAGUGAAGAAUGAAGACGGUGUCAUUCCCUGUCAAAAUAAAUAUCCAUUUCAGGUUGUUCAUGAUGCUAACACACUUUACGUUUUUGCACCUAGUGCACAAAGUAGGGAUCGGUGGGUGAAGAAGUUAAAAGAAGAAAUAAAGAACAACAAUAAUAUUAUGAUUAAAUAUCAUCCUAAAUUUUGGGCAGAUGGAAGUUAUCAGUGUUGCAGACAAACUGAAAAACUAGCACCUGGAUGUGAAAAAUACAAUCUUUUUGAGAGUAGCAUAAGAAAAGCACUACCUCCAGCACCAGAACCAAAGAAGCGAAGGCCUCCUCCACCAAUUCCACCUGAAGAAGAAGAUAAUAGUGAAGAAAUAGUUGUAGCUAUGUAUGAUUUCCAAGCAACAGAAGCACAUGAUCUCAGAUUAGAGAGAGGUCAAGAGUAUAUCAUCUUAGAAAAGAAUGAUGUUCAUUGGUGGAAAGCAAGAGACAAAUACGGGAGUGAAGGCUAUAUCCCAAGUAAUUAUGUAACAGGAAAGAAAUCAAACAACUUAGAUCAAUAUGAAUGGUAUUGCAGAAAUAUGAACAGAAGCAAAGCAGAGCAACUCCUCAGAAGUGAAGAUAAAGAAGGUGGUUUUAUGGUAAGGGAUUCCAGUCAACCAGGCAUGUACACAGUCUCCCUUUAUACAAAAUUUGGAGGAGAAGGCUCAUCAGGUUUCAGGCAUUAUCAUAUAAAGGAAAUGGCAACAUCCCCAAAGAAGUAUUAUCUGGCAGAAAAACAUGCAUUUGGUUCAAUUCCUGAGAUAAUUGAAUAUCACAAGCACAAUGCAGCAGGACUUGUCACCAGGCUGCGGUACCCAGUCAGUGCGAAGGGGAGGAACGCGCCAACCACUGCAGGAUUCAGCUACGAAAAAUGGGAGAUUAACCCUUCGGAGUUGACCUUUAUGAGGGAACUGGGGAGCGGACUGUUUGGAGUGGUGAGGCUUGGCAAGUGGCGAGCUCAGUACAAAGUAGCAAUCAAAGCUAUUAGGGAGGGUGCCAUGUGUGAGGAAGACUUUAUAGAAGAAGCUAAAGUGAUGAUGAAACUGACACACCCAAAGUUAGUACAGCUUUAUGGUGUGUGCACCCAACAGAAACCCAUUUACAUUGUCACCGAGUUCAUGGAAAGGGGCUGCCUUCUGAAUUUCCUCCGACAGAGACAAGGCCAUUUUAGUAGAGAUGUGCUGCUGAGCAUGUGUCAAGAUGUGUGUGAAGGGAUGGAGUACCUGGAGAGAAACAGCUUCAUCCACAGAGAUCUGGCUGCCAGAAAUUGUCUAGUAAAUGAUGCAGGAGUUGUGAAAGUAUCUGAUUUUGGAAUGGCCAGGUAUGUUCUGGAUGAUCAGUACACAAGUUCUUCUGGUGCUAAAUUUCCCGUAAAGUGGUGUCCACCUGAGGUGUUUAAUUACAGCCGCUUUAGCAGCAAAUCAGAUGUCUGGUCAUUUGGUGUUUUAAUGUGGGAAGUGUUCACUGAAGGCAGAAUGCCCUUUGAGAAAAACACCAACUAUGAGGUGGUGACCAUGAUCACUCACGGCCACCGACUCUGCCGGCCCAAGUUGGCAUCCGACUAUGUAUACGAGGUGAUGCUGAGAUGCUGGCAGGAGAAACCGGAGGGAAGGCCUUCCUUUGAAGAUCUGCUGCACACGAUAGAUGAACUAGUUGAGUGUGAAGAAACUUUUGGAAGAUAACUAUUGAUGUGACCAGUGGCUUCCAGAUUCCAAAGCACAAGGAAGAAAUGGCACUUUGUAGCUAACUUUUAAUUUAUUUACCACAUGGACAUGUAGAUUGUUUUACUUAUAAGGUGGAGUCACAUAAAGCAUGUGCUUCUAGACCAGCCUUAGCUCUGUGACAGAGUCUUCCAGAUUAUGGAAAUGCUGCCUUAGUGAUGAUGAUUGAAAGCACUCACUUUCAUCCACAAGUACUUGAGUGCCCACUACGUGCCAGGUACUGUGCCUGGGCCCCAGGGUCUGCCCAUUUUAAGUACACAUGGCACCAAGUCAGCCACUAGUGCAAGUGGAAGGCCAGGGUCUUUGGGAAGAGGAAGGGUAUUACAGCCACAUUCCAGCAACCCUUGUCUUCCCUUUGACUUCCACAGAAAUCUGGGCCUGAGGAAUUGUCUAGAAGGUGGGCUGUGGAUGAAUCAGGACCCCACCUUGGAUAAAUGCCCAUCUUUUGUUUCGAAGACAUCUGUUUUUAAGACUGCUAUUAGUAUUACAUAUAAAAAUAUUUGAUUACUGUAUAUACUGUAAAUGUAUAUAAUAUAUAAAGUUAAAUAUUUAUAA